AUGGCGAAAUUCUCAGCUAAGGUGGUCAAAGAAUUCGCGCAGGGUAUCCCAUGGAGCAAAGUCAUCAAAAAAGCCGCAAAUGUCGAUCGAGGACAACGCGUCUUCCCCAGCCGGACUCCCAAAAACGACACGAAAUCCAAUUUGCGAUUCGACAAAGGCUCGGUGGUUGAUGGGAAGCAUGAAUUGAUCCUCCAAGCCAACAAGAAUGCUGAAAGGACGACCUGCAACUGA